AUGUUUAGAGACAGAACUAACUUAUUCCUUUCGUAUCGUCGAACGACGUCUCGUAACAAUCCUAUUACCAGUGGAGCAAGGUUUGAUGCUUUAGUUGAGGAGGAGGAAGGAUUGAUUGGACAUCGAAAAUCUAAUCAGCGAAGUAAUAAAGGAGGUUACCAUGACGAUCAAACAAAUGAGAUAGAAAUGAAACCAAUGGCACCGUCAAUAUUUGAUAUAUCCAAUGAAUUAGAUGAACAUUUGAAUAUAAUCAAAAGUAAAACCAAUGAAUUAGGAACCUUAUAUAAGAAAUUAUUGAUAACGACUCAAAGUGAAAAGUCCAAGUUAGAAAAUAAGUUAGAAGAUUUAAACUAUUUGAUAACUAAGAAAUUCGAAGCUUGCUAUGUAUUAAUUAAAAAAUUUGAGUUUUUACAAAAAAAUCAUAAAAGAUUACAGCUUGAAUACAAUACAAACGAAUUAUCAAUAAUUGAAAAUUUCAAGAAAAACUAUGCUUUAAAAAUUCAAGAAAAGUCAUUAAUAUUUAGGAAUUUACAAAAUAAUUAUAUCAAGUUCUUGAGAGACGAAGAAGAUGAAUCUGAUUCUUUAUUACCUUCCAAUAGACAAUCAACUUCAACGCCCCCUCCUUCUUAUGACUAUAGUCAAGAAGAAGAAGAGCUGAAGAACAUUGAAAAUUAUUCGAAACAAGUUUUACGACAAAGUCAAUUGCAAUUACAACAAAAUCCAAAUAGUCAAUUCUUAGAAAGCCGAGAACGUGAAAUUUCCAAAAUUGCAAUGGGUAUAUUGGAAAUUUCAACAAUUUUUAAAGAAAUGGACUCUUUGAUUAUCGAUCAAGGUAGUGUUUUAGAUAGAAUUGAUUUUAAUCUAAGUAAUACAGUACAAGAAUUGAAGUCAUCUGAUCGUGAAUUGGUGAAAGCAAAAGGAUAUCAAAAGAGAACAACCAGAUGUAAAAUUAUUUUUUUGUUAAGUUUAGUUGUUUUCGUUUUAUUCAUGCUAUUCUUAGUUAAACCUCAAGGUACUACAAAAUAUAUUGAAAAACCAUCAAGUGACCAUAAUGAUAAUGACAAGACAAACUCGGGUGCUUCACUGGAUCAUGCUCCCGAGAGACCAUCGAUCGAAAAUGCAGAAUCUAAUAAUUAA